AUGGCUGUCACCGAAUCCGGGCGUGGUAAUGGAGAACAGAAAUCAGGCCCCCAGCCAAGUAGCGAUAUGGAAGUGGACGACGAUGAUUCGGAAGUGGAUAUUGCGUCAAUACUAGCAAAUGAUUUGGAUACUCUUUCUUUUCACAAGAAGAACGAAGACGACCCGUACCUGACAUCCGACCCCGCAGCCAAGGAAAUAUUUGAUGAAGAAGAAAUGGAGGAUUUGGUUAUCCGCCCUACAGAUGCACUCAUCAUUGCCGCCAAGUCGGGAGAUGAUGCGUCGACUCUUGAAGUGCAUUUGUUCGACGACGACCCUGAUGAUUCCGAUUCAGAGGAAGGUGCAUACUUGCCGCACACUUACGUUCAUCAUGACCUUGUGCUCCCGGUUUUGCCAUUGUGCACUGCGUAUACGAACCUUGCAAUUGAUGGCGAAUCUCUGAACCUCGUUGCCGUGGGUAUGUUCACACCUGGGAUUGAUAUCUGGGAUGUCGAUCGAGUCAAUGAUUUAGAACCUGUUAUAUCUUUGGGAGGUUAUGACAAGUACUUGGACAGCUCAUCGAGUAAAGGAAGCACGGGUCGAAACCAGAAGAAGAAAAAGCCCAGAUUGCGACUGAAAGAAGAUUCUCACAAAGAUGCCGUCAUGUGUCUAUCUUGGAAUAAUGUGCAAAAAGAGUACCUCGUCAGUGGGUCGGCAGAUUUCACAGUGAAAAUCUGGGACAUUGAAUCCGCCCAUUGUGCUAGUACUCUUGAUCAUCACAAGGACAAAGUGCAAUCUGUGGCAUUUCACCCGACGAAGUUAGAGCUGUUGCUUUCCGGCUCAUUCGACAAAACGGUACACUUGGUAGACAUCCGCGACAGUAACAAAAACAGAAACUGGAAAGUAGAAGCGGACGUCGAGAGAGUUCAGUGGGGAGAGGGAACCACGAACAGCAUGGUGUUUGUUACCACUGAGGACGGAUAUACUACUGUUUUCGAUACACGAAAGUCAGGGCAAGAUAAGCAUCUAGCAAGGUGGCAAGCACAUCAAGGGGCGGCGACGGCACUAUCGAUUUCCCAAGAUAUUCCAGGUCUCUUGGUGACGGGAGGUGUAGACAAGAUGGUGAAGGUUUGGGAUGUUUCCGGGGUGAAUCAUGGGAAAUCGGGUGAACUCGUUUAUGAGAGACCGUCCAAGGCUGGGGCUUUAUUCGCUCUAUCUCUGUGUCCUCUGCCAGAGUAUGAAACGAAUGCUUCACCAUUUGUGGUCGCCUACGGUGGCGCGCAAGGCACGCUGCGAGUGGUGGAUCUUGCUGUCGAAAGCGAAGCGGUCCGUGACCGCUUUGUUCGCCACUGUCAACCGAAGUCUACUGCAGCAAUAUUGAAGCGGUCCGCACGGCAAAAACAAGCUUUGCGUUCUGAAGGAAGCACGAUACAUGCAAGCGCCACUAGCGAGGACAUAGACGGAGACAACUCAGACUCAGAGAGUGAUCACGAAACUUAG